AAGCGGAAGUACCCACGCUGUGCUGCGUCCUGAUUGGUCCGACGUGUGGCGCCUGCUUUGUUAGAUUGAUCCAUGCUAACAUACUCCCUUUGUUGUGAUUAACCGUUUAGCGGUUGUGUUUCUGCUUUAAUAACUUAUAUUAAGAUUGUUGCCGUUGAGAUAAUCCAAACCAUGAGUGGCGGAGUGUAUGGAGGCGAUGAGGUGGGAGCUCUGGUGUUCGACAUUGGCUCAUACACUGUAAGAGCUGGCUAUGCAGGAGAAGACUGUCCCAAGGCGGACUUCCCUACGGUGAUAGGCGUGACCCUCGACCGAGAGGAUGGCAGCACGCCAAUGGAGACGGAUGGUGAAAAGACCAAGCCGAGUGGCACCACCUACUUUAUUGAUACCAACCAGCUGAGGGUACCCCGGGAGAGCAUGGAGGUCAUGUCUCCGCUCAAGAAUGGCAUGAUUGAAGAUUGGGACAGUUUUCAGGCCAUUUUGGAUCACACCUACAAGAUGCACUUCAAGUCUGAGCCCAGCCUGCAUCCAGUGCUCAUGUCAGAAGCAUCGUGGAACACACGAGCAAAAAGAGAGAAACUAACAGAGCUGAUGUUUGAACAUUACAACAUUCCUGCCUUCUUCCUCUGCAAAUCCGCUGUACUGUCUGCCUUUGCCAAUGGGCGAUCUACAGGCUUGGUCCUGGACAGCGGAGCCACGCACACCACAGCCAUUCCAGUGCAUGAUGGCUACGUCCUGCAGCAAGGCAUUGUCAAAUCGCCCCUGGCUGGAGACUUCAUGAGCAUGCAGUGUAGGGAGCUGUUUCAAGAGUUAAAUGCUGAAAUAAUCCCCCCGUACAUGAUUGCAUCAAAGGAUGGAGUGAGAGAGGGAUCAGCAGCCAGCUGGAAGAAAAAAGAGAAACUACCUCAAGUCACCCGCUCAUGGCACAACUACAUGUGUAACUGCGUGAUCCAGGACUUCCAGCAAGCUGUGCUGCAGGUGUCAGACUCUCCAUAUGAUGAACAGAUUGCUGCACAGAUGCCCACAGUGCAUUACGAGCUGCCCAACGGCUACAACGCUGACUUUGGAGCUGAGAGGCUGAAGAUCCCCGAGGGGCUCUUUGACCCCUCCAAUGCCAAGGGCCUGUCUGGAAACACCAUGUUGGGAGUCGGCCACGUUGUGACGACCAGCGUGGGAAUGUGUGACAUCGACAUCCGGCCGGGUCUUUAUGGCAGUGUGGUGGUGACUGGAGGAAACACGCUCAUUUCGGGCUUCACAGACCGACUGAACAGAGAACUCUCCCAGAAAACCCCUCCGAGCAUGAGGCUGAAGCUGAUCGCCAACAACACUACAGUGGAGCGCCGGUUCAGUGCCUGGAUAGGAGGCUCCAUCCUGGCAUCACUCGGAACCUUCCAGCAGAUGUGGAUCUCCAAACAGGAGUACGAAGAGGGAGGAAAGCAGUGUGUAGACAGGAAGUGCCCUUGAUUUGUUAUCCAGCCCCUCCAUCACUGUCAUUUUUUCCAUAAGCUCAACAUCAUGAGUCACCCAACCUUGACCCUGGACUCAGGAACGACCACAGAUGAUCACUCUUGUUUUGUAUGAUUUGUUUUAAAAAAAUAUCUUAGUCUGUCUGAGAUUUUGAAAUCAGACAUCUGCAAAGUAAACUGUUGCUAUGAUGAAAUGAGGUUUUCUUUCCUUUGUUUAUCUCUUUACAGCCAUUUUGUUACCUAAUCUUUACAUUGUGUUUUGUAGAAACACUCCAUCUUUAUAGAAAAAACUAAUUGUCUGACAUUGACAAAAACAAAAUUUGAAGGUAAACUUUGGGUGAUGUGUAUUUGGAGGAACAACCUUUCAGUUUGGGGUGAAUGAUGUCUUCUGUUCACAAGCCUUUCUUUGUGUAGUCAGUACGAUCGUCAGAGGCCAGACAGUUCUGGCCUCUGCUUAUUGGUGUCAAGUCAUAUAAACCUGUAUUUAAUUUUCACUUUGCUUGUCAUUGGCCACAUAUGGUGUUUUAAAAAUAAAGUCAGUUUUUGUUAAAUAUG